AUGUGUGAAAACGGUGGUGAUCAGGGUAGGCUGUUCAGGGCCACCAGAGGACCUCUUCUUUCUAAGGAUGAUUUAUCCUUCCCGGAAUAUGUCAACGGUGCAACAUUGGCCAAUGAUAUUGGUCGAUUUUUCUAUCGUAAGAUCAUACAUCUGUACUAAUCUUGAUGCUGCCACCAUGGAAGCUCAUGGUAGGGUUCAUCAUGAUUCAGUCUUUGAUGGUGAUCAGAAACUUCACGAUUUCACACCACUUUCUACUGAGGAAGUGAAAAAGCUCAUUCAGAAAUCGUCAAAGAAAAGCUGCACACUUAAUCCUAUGCCA